AUGUGAAAACAUCGGAAAAUCAUUGUUUGACAACAACAAUAUUUACCGAUGUUUUCAGUAUCAGUAUAAUGCCACAUAACGUUUUACAGCACUGCCUGUAAUUUUAAAACACAUGUUUUGAUUCAAUUGUGCGGCAUUUUUAGAAGAAAAAAAUGUUACGAAUUACACAAACUAAAAACACGCUCCUUGAUGGUGCAACCAUAGCAGAUCAACUAUAUACUACACCGAAAGAUUGUGAAGAUUUCUUUGAAAGCAUUGAGAAGCCCACUCAGGUUGUGGUUGCUCCACGGUCCACCUUUAUUCGCGCUGGCGUUUUAACAACAGUUCGCGGAUCUGCGUACAUGGAAUAUGGCAACACCAAACUGAUGGCAAUUGUGGCGCCGCCGCGUGAGUUGGUUCGUUCGAGUGUUCGCCGUGUUAACAUGGGCGUCAUCAAUUGCUAUGUAAAUUUUGCGGCCUUUGCCACCGGUGAUCUGGAGUCAGUCCCAGAGCGUGAGAAGCAUUUGGGCAGUAUGUUGACAAAGGCACUGGAGCCGCUAGUUUGCCGAAAUGAAUUUCUCAAUUUCCAGCUGGAUAUUCGGGUGCUUAUAAUGGACGACGAUGGUUGUUUGCUGAGUACCGCAAUCAAUUGCUGUGGAGUUGCACUCAUUGAGUGCGGCAUCUCCACAUACGAUUUGAUUACGGCAUCCACGGCGUGCAUCUAUCGAGGCUGUCCGUUUGUUAAUCCCAGCGCCAAGAUCGAGGAACUAUUCUGGCAACAUCGAGGCGGCAAUGCUUUGCUAGGCAGCAGUGGGAGCACUAAUAAAGAUGAGUCGGUGCAGGAACAUGGGCUACUUAUUAAUGCCAGCAUGGACAACUUUGAGCAGCUGGCGCAAUGUCAACAGUGCGGUUACCUUAAGCCCGAGACCUAUGUCCGACUGCUUGACUAUACGCUGGAAAUCAAUAAGUCACUGAGGCAGCUAAUUCGACGCGUGCUCAGUGAGCGGGUCAAGGAGCAGCACAUAUUGGAUAUGCGUGAAAGAGAGGAGGAACGUUUGGAGGAUGAACGUCUGGCGAUAAUAAUUGAAAGACUGAAGCAACAGGGACUUCAUGAGUUCAUACAAUCCAACAUUAAGGAAGAUCCAUAUGCUAAGAAAUAAAUGUUUCGUUGCGAUGUAC